ACCAAAUGGUACAAACAGACGCUUUUUUUCCCCUCCCUACGAGAUAUGCAGCUUGAUAGCAAGCGGCGGGCGGUGGGCGAGCGAGGAGAAGGAGAUAGCAGACGGAGACCCUCGUUUCUGUGGGAGAGCAGGAGGUCCGUCCGCCGCUCCGUCUCUAAAGCGCGCUCCUUUGUUUGCAGAGUCCCAAUGAAGCGGUCUCACACCCCUCCGGGGAACAUCGCCAAUGGUGCCCUGCGCUCUCUGUCCCAGGAGCUCGGCAAAGGAAGCGCGGUCAUGCUGUCGGCCGCCGUCCUGGAGCUGCCCAGUCCUGGCGGGCGGGGAGCGGUUCACCAGGAUGGACCCAGAGGAUCACAGAGUGAAGCCCCAUCUACAGAGGGCAAAUCUGGGGGGACUGUCAAAGUCUAUCUGCCCAACCAGCAGAGGACAGUGGUGAACGUGCGGCCCGGGAUGACCGUGUACGACUCCCUGGAUAAAGCGCUGAAAGUGCGCGGUCUGAACCAGCAGUGCUGCGCAGUUUAUCGCCUCCUACACGGACGUAAAACCCUCACCGACUGGGAGACGGACAUCACGCCGCUGGUGGGGGAGGAGCUGAUGGUGGAGGUCCUGGCGGAUGUUCCUCUGUCCAUGCACAAUUUUGUUCGGAAGACCCACUUUAACCUGGCGUUCUGCGACUUCUGUCUCAAGUUCCUGUUCCACGGUUUCCGCUGUCAGACCUGCGGCUACAAGUUUCACCAGCACUGCAGCAGUAAAGUGCCCACGGCCUGCGUGGACAUAACCAAGCUGCCCAAACCAGUGGGCGGCUAUCAGGAUUAUCCUCUGUAUCCCGAUCCUUCCCCUGGCAUUAUCCAUGAACCCUACACCCCACAGCCAUCCAGCAGCCCCCGGACACAGCACCCUGGAGCUGCUUCCUUUUCAUUCCCCAGCGAGGGGCAACCCCUGCAACGGCAUCGCUCCACCUCCACCCCCAACGUUCAUAUUGACAGCACCACUGGUCCCGUGGAUAACAGCAUUAUUGAGGAGGCGUUGAGGAUCGCCGCCACCUCCCCUAAGGAUGGGUACCCGAAAAACGUAACGCCUGUGGGCAAUAAGUCCCCGUCGGCAAAGUCGCCUGUGGAGGCCCCGAGGGACCGAAGGACAUCGUCUUCUGACGAUAAGAAGAAAGUGAAACAACUGAACUACCGGGACUCCAGCUACUACUGGGAGGUUAACUCCAGCGAGGUGAUCAUGCAUAAACGCAUCGGCACCGGAUCCUUCGGCACAGUGUACAGAGGCAAGUGGCACGGGGACGUGGCUGUCAAGAUCCUCAAAGUGACUAAUCCCACCUCCGAACAAAUCCAGGCCUUCAAGAACGAGAUGCAGGUUCUCAGGAAAACGCGUCAUGUCAACAUCCUGCUCUUCAUGGGCUUCAUGACAAAACCCACCUUUGCAAUAAUCACCCAGUGGUGCGAGGGGAGCAGCCUGUACCGACAUCUACACGUCAUCGAGACCCGGUUUGAUGUUUUCCAGCUGAUUGACAUUGCGCGGCAAACUGCGCAGGGGAUGGACUACCUCCAUGCAAAGAAUAUCAUACAUCGAGAUCUGAAAUCCAACAACAUCUUCCUCCACGAGGGUCUGACGGUGAAGAUCGGUGAUUUUGGCUUGGCCACGGUGAAGACGAGGUGGAGCGGAUCUCAGCAGGUGGAGCAGCCUAGUGGUUCCAUCCUAUGGAUGGCCCCAGAAGUGAUAAGAAUGCAGAACAGUCCGUACAGCUUCCAGUCAGAUGUCUACGCCUACGGGGUGGUGUUGUAUGAGCUGAUGGCGGGACUAUUGCCAUAUGCAAGUAUCAACAACCGAGACCAGAUCAUUUUCAUGGUUGGCCGUGGAUACCUCAGUCCUGACCUCAGCAAAAUCUCCAACAACUGCCCCAAAGCCAUGAAAAGACUUCUAGCAAAUUGCCUGAAAUUCAAGAGGGAGGAGAGGCCGCUGUUCCCACAGAUCCUCUCCACUAUUGAGCUGCUGCAGCGAGCUCUCCCAAAAAUAGAGCGCAGUGCGUCUGAACCUUCGCUUCACCGAGCGGUCAAUGCUGAGGACCUCAACCCCUUCCUGAUAAACACCUUGCGCCUGGUGCCUCAGUGAGCAGUGCCGGUCAUCUCGCAGUAUCUCUGAUUCAGGGGCCUCCAGCAGAUGUCCUGUCCUCCCUGGUACAUGUCACACUCUUUAACCCUUUCUCCUAUUUGUCCGCUUCUUGGGUGUCGCCUGGUCGUCUUUAAGGCUCCUGGGUGAGCAGACUCCUCCUUUUAAGAUGCACACCCACUGGAAAUGUGCGUGCAUCAUGGAGACAAUAGCCAUGAGCUGCUAUGCGGUAGAAACCAUACUGUCACAGGGAGCACGUACAGACAUUGAGAGGCAAUUUAUCCUGUAUGAUCGGAGUUCCCCUUUAAAGUAUCCGAAGAAGCAUUAUGACUAAAUGGAAGUGGACUGUGGAGGAAUUGGAUUAUUGGAGAUACUUUUAAGCCUGGUUAUCUGGUCGCCAUUGCGGGACGAUACGUUGGCGCAUUUCCUAUCCUAGUGAACCAAUGAAAUGUAAUGGUUUAUGGAUGACGCAAAUUAUUUUCUACGAAUCAAUAGAACACCCCUUCUCCGGGGCCUACGUGGUUUAGCCGAUUGCCACAAACCCGCCUCCUGCCGCCGAAUCAAUGUCGCAUUUACUAUAUAGAGACUGUCGGGAGCCGCCAAUCUACGAGGGGGAAGAUAUUUAUUUCUACAGGUGCCUGAUUCCUUCCUUGCUUAAGAUUUUUUUUUUUCUUUUUCCGUUAGUUGGGAAGAAUCUUCUGUAAAAAAAAAAAUCUAAUUAAGGAAUUUUUUUUUUUUUUUUUUUUCUAGCAUCAAUAUCGCUUUGUCAUGUGAUAAGCCGCCAGUGAUGCUGGGGAGGAGGGGGUGAAAAUUUGAGCCUGGUCAUGCUUGAGAAUCCCAUAAAUUAAAACUGUACGGUGGGGGAAAUGAACAGAAAUAAGAAAUGUAUUGAAUAUAAGGAUGUGUAAUAUAUAUAUAGUUUUAAAUAAAAUAAGUUUGGUGUAUAAAAAAAAAAAAAA